AUGUCUUCUGCCUUCACCGAAACUCUUCACGCAAUUACCUCCACUAAACUUGAGGUCCUCUCGCAACAGCAUGCAGACUUCACAUCUCAUAGAGAAAGAGUCUUAUCAUCUGUCGCUGCCACCACCGAUCCCUGCGAGAGAGUCCGUUUGCUCCUCGAUGCCUUGAAGUCCUGGCGUACCUCCGACAACUCAACUGAGGCGGGUGGCACAAGCCCCUCCAAGUCUCCCUAUCUCACAAACAUUGAGUAUUUCCUGAAGCAAGCAGAAAAUGAUCCCGGUAUUGGAGGCUCUAGUCUGAGCGAGUGGGAGAGGAAGUUGACAAAGAGUCUGGAAACGGAAUCGGUCAAGUUUGAGUAUGCGGAACUCUUCGGAAAGCUUCUGACUGAGUGGGUCGGAAGUCCGUCAAACCAAGAGGGUAAGUCUAAGAAAGUAGACGAACCUGAUAGCGAAGUCAGCUCUUCAAGUAAAAAGUUCGAGAAGGUAGGGAGGAAGACAUUACACGAGGAGCGUGCAAAGUUCGAGGCCUACGUCGUAACCCCGAAUGAAACCGAUCCCGUAUCUAUCGAAGCAUAUCUCGAGGAGCUGUUUUCGCUGUCCAAAGAGGCUAAAAACCAACUCGAGCUGGUAAGAAAGAGAAUAGCAACGUUUGGCGAGUGGUUUCUCCGCUCUAAGUUUACUGUGGAAGAGCUGGAAUGGACCAUUAAGUCGUUGCUAUCCAAAGACCUACUCUCGAACCAGAAACGUUCAACACUCAAGGAGUUUAUGCUCAAUAAAGUAGUCCUUAAAGAAGUUGCUGAUGUCUUGAACAUGCACUUGUCCUCUCUUGCGUCCUGGUCCUGGCCUGCAGGUGGUGUCACAAUAGAGAUGAGGAGAUAUCUAAAUGGGAAGUAUCGGAACUUUAUGGAAGAAGAGCUCCUGCAGGCUAUUUUCUUGCAUUAUCUGGGGACAAAAUGGUCCAUCGAAUUCAAAGGAGCUUUCCGCCAAAUAAUCAUCAAUCCACGUGUUUGGAAACCAUCAUCCACACCAAUACCAAAGGUCGACCUCGAGAGGCGUGUAUUCUUCCUUGGUGAGGUCACAGAUGACAGUGGAUGGAGUCCGCCGGUGCCGCAAACUAUUGUAACUUCGAGAAAGACGGUGCAGCAAGAGCAAUUUUUUAUGGGACAGCUCCCAGACUCGAUGGAAACUAGCGGUAAUCCCACAUACGACUCGGACGUCGUAAACUCAGAUACAAUCCCAAAGCCCACUCCGAUGACUGUGAAGCAGACAAUGCUUCGCAUCAUGGCUACUGAGUGUAUCUUAAAUAACACCUUGUACGGCAGUUUUACCGUUCUUGGCUCAGACCUCUUCUCGUUUGGCUCGAGUCUUUCGCAUUCAUCCCUCAUCACGGUUCUUAAGUUUUUCGGUAUAUCUGGAACCUGGCUUAGGUUCUUUGAGAAGUUCCUUGCAUCUCCACUCAAACUCAUCAUGGACGAGCCUCCUCAGAUGCGCAGACGUGGAGUCCCCAUGGCUCAUAGUCUGAGCGAUUGCCUUGGUGAAGUGCUUUUAUUUUGCAUGGACUACGCCGUAAAUCAACGGGCCAAUGGAUUAUUUUUAUAUCGCCAGUUUGACGAUCUGUGGCUCUGGGAUAGUGACCCCGAACGUUGUGCUACAGCUUGGAAAGAAAUGCAAAAGUUUGCAAGAAUUCUGGGCUUGGAAUUCAACAGCCACAAAACAGGUUCUGCUUCUGUUGGGCGGCCUCUACAUCCAGAUCUUCCUCGAGGGCCGAUUAAGCAUGGGUUCUUGAAGUUUGAGCCUUCUGGUAAUUUUGUGAUUGACCAAGAGCAGAUUGACACCCACAUUGCCGAGCUCCGAUACCAACUUCAAGCGUGUAACAGCUCAGUCCUUGCCUGGGUUCAAGUCUACAAUAAAUACGUAUCAUCCUAUUUCACCACCAAUUUCGGGACCCCAGCGAACUGUUACGGCAAGAAACACAUAGACAUGGUUCUCAAGGCUUUGAGGGAGAUCCACCGUCAACUAUUUCCGUUGCACAAUGGUUCUGUGACCGCCUACCUUGCUGCUAUCAUCAAAGAAAGGUUCUCGGUCAAUGACAUUCCAGAUGGUUGGUACUACUGGCCCCUUUCUAUGGGAGGGCUAGAAGUCAAAAACCCAUUCAUCCCACUAUACAUCAUGCGAGAGCACAUCAAUGAUGACCCCGCAAAUGCGUUCUCGAAGGUGAUAGAGAAAGAUGAGGAGACGUAUGCGAGAUGCAAGGAAAGCUGGGAAGAUGGAACAAGCGCGGUACUAGGCGGCCCUGCGCACCCGACCUGGGCGAACGAAGGGUUUAUUUCGUUUGAGGAAUUUACAAGGUACCGUCAAGAGAAAUCCGGGGAUUGGGCAAAUGUCUAUCAAAACCUUUUGGGGGAGCCAUUUGACUGCCGCGUCGAGACGACUACCGAGAUCGAAGCAGCAUUAAAACGAGUCUCGAACGAGGCUGGAGGGCUAGUACCUAAGCGUGUAACCGCUGAAAACACACAAGGGGGACGUGGUGGCCGGGGUGGUUUUAGAGGUCGAAUUUUCAUGAGGGGCCGAGGAGGCCGAGGCGGAUACAGCGGCGGUCAUAACGACCCCGAGCCAGCACAAAACACACAAGUUAAUUGGAAUGAGAUGACUGUCUACUGGCAGUGGGUUGUGGCCUGUUUUGGGGAAGGAAUGAUUGCAAAGUGGGGUGGCCUUGAGGUGGUGAGGCCCGGAAGUCUACCAGUGGGAAUGGUUGAAGCCUGGAAGAGCAAGAGGAUGAGAUGGGAUCCUUAG